AUGACCUCUGUUCCUCCUGCGGGCUCUACUGAGGUCUCUGACUCUGACAUCACUGUGAAUACUGCCACGCUCACAGAUCUACUGUCCACUGCUUCAACACCAGCUCCAACAGCCACAGCGGAGGAAGCAGCUCCGGAAUUGACGCCUUCACAUCCGACGACAUAUGCUGCAGCCCCACCCACCAUCCCUGCAACUGCACAGUCUGCUGCCAUGCCUCCUUCAGAACCACUUACUACCAUCGCGUCACAGACCCUGUUCACGCCCACUGAACCUUUUACUCUAGCUGCAGGACCUACUACUACUCAACUUCCAAGGACCACCACCUCUGCCUUCCGACUCGUGUGA